AUGCAGGACUCACCGAAUACUACGGCUACGAUGUGGCUGGACGCUUCCCAGAAAAGCAACAUGGCCGAGUCGAUAGCGGAACGUACAGCUGAAGAACUGGGCGCGAAAGCGAUUCCGUCGGAAUUCCUUUCUGAGCGUCGACCCCGAUCAGAGAUCGAGAUCGGACCGAUAGCCGUGAAAAGGAGAACCCCGUUGCUAAUGCUAUUCUGUCGCCGGCUGACAAGAUUCUCAGCGAUGGUCUCGGCCAUGUUUAUGGAAACAUGGGCACAUUAUCAACGAGAUUCCGGACUGAAGAGGACGACGCCGAUGACGCCUACUACACCUACACGUCGUCGAGGCGCUACAGGCAAUCGACCUUCGCCAGGGACUAGAAAACACCGUUGUUGA